AUGCGGCCGUCUUCAGGCCUCCUCCUGGCCAGUGCCUCCAGUGCGUUUGGCCAGUUUACCCAGUUUACCAGAUUUACAAACACUAGCACCCCUGCUGUAAAGACCUCAAUCUCUUCCACUGAACUCGAAACCUCUUCUGUCCCGCCUACCGCGAGUAUCGAGACCACUACUACCAGUGUCGAGACCACCACUUCAUCCUCAGCAUCAGUCCUUGCACCAAUUGUACUGAGUCUCAAAGACGCCAUAUUGGGCCAGGGUGCUUCAUUCUACCCACCACCUGACGGCGAUACUAUUCUUAUGUCUCCUGUGGCCAUUGACUCUACCCUCAAGCGUCGCGCUAAUCCUGCUCCUGCUCCUCUUCCGAUCAUCAUUCCCAACUUCAAUGUCCCCAACUAUGCAGUUGCCUCUUUUAAACAGGCAUUCUCUUCAAUUACAGCUGCUUCAGCAGGUAUUGGUGUGCAGCGUAUCAUGGUCACAAAUGUCACAUGCGUUUCGUGCGGCGGAUCCCGUAAGCGGGCUGAGAGUACCCCUUGUGCUUUCGAAAUUGUCGCCAAUGGUGAGGUUGUCCAGAUUCAACCUAUUCCCGAGAAUUUCAGCGGCAGUCUUGAAAUAUCCACCAACCCUUUUAUCCUGAAGCUAUCCAACGAAUACCAAUUGCAACAAGCUUGCGGCGAUGUAAUCGUCCCUGUAAUCAUUGCGGGGGUCGCUCUCAAGGAUGCUCGGGGUGCAAGUUCAACUCCUCUCCCUUCCCCCAGUAUUGGUACUUCCACUAGUAGUAAGACUGGUUCUUCUACCGAAACCAACAGCGCAGAGUUUACUACCAACUCCGAAGGCGAGACCAUCUUCCCCACUGAGACUGCUACUGAAACCAACAGUCAAGGGUUUACGACCAACUCUGAUGGUGAAACUAUCUUCCCUACCGGGACUGAUAUCGCUACAAAUUCAGAGGGUGCCACUACUAACUCAGACGGCGAGACUGUCUUCCCGACAGAGACUGUUACAGGUGUCAACACUAACUCUGAGGGUGCCACUACCAACUCGGAGGGUAAGACUGUCUUUCCCACCGGCACUUCUACUGGUACAAUUUCUGCUUCUUCAACUUCUACCUCAGUCGCUGGGUUUCCCGGCGAUAUUGGCGGUUUCAGUCUCUUUGGAUGUGCAGGAUCUACCGCUGGCUUCCCUACCUAUACCCUUGCCGAGUCCAGCCCGUUGAUGGAUCUCAAUGUAUGUGCUGGCCUUUGCGAAGGACGUGCUCAUUUUGGCGUCCAUGAUACUGCUUGUUACUGCGGAGAUGUGUAUGACGUUGAUAGUACUGUCUUUUACAACUUGGACCAAUGCGAUAUCGAGUGUCCUGGAGACAAAGCCCAAUUCUGUGGAGGUGAAGCCGAGAACAAGCUUCAGGCCCGCCAGGCCAUCGCUAGCAAUAUCCUUCUUACCCUUUACGCUAGGACCGAGGCUGUUGUCUCUCUUACUGAGUCUGUCACCCAAACGGUAACAAACCAGGAGACCAUUAUUACCACUUUUACCACUGUCGCUAGCGGUGAAAGCAUAGCCACCGAGGUCGUCACCGCCACUCUGGUAUGCAUUGAUGGGAAAUGCCAUUCAAGCAGCCCUAACACCGUUGCCGUCUACAUUUUUGUCGAGGUCAACGGCAGUGAUUGUAACGGCCAAUGGGUCUAUAUCUCUGAGCCCUGCCCUGGCGGCCAACAGUAUAUUCCCCACCUCUGCUCAGACGGAAAAUGCGCCAGCCUCAAGGUUUACAAGCCUCAACAAUGCCCAGAUUGGUAUAACUAUAAGUCCUUCUUUGUUCCAUCAGAUUGCACAACUUGCGCCCAAGGUAAGAUUAGUUAUCAGCCUUGGGAGAAGUCUUGGGGUACGCCUGAUAACUGCAACGGCCAAGUUCCUACCUGUGACACAUUCGGAUGUCCUUCCCAACAGGGCGUUGUUAAAACCCACCACGGUAUCAGCUGGAACUCCACUAUUCCUCAUGGAGGGUCCGGAGGAGGCUAUAACCCCAGCCCCAAUGGCGGUUCUAGUAGAGGAUCAAGCUCAGGCUCGAACGGAGGUUCAAGUGGAGGUUCAGGUGGAGGCUCCAGUGAAGAUGCCAGUGGCGGCAGCGGCGGCAGCGGCGGUGGUUCAAACGGAGGUUCCAGCUCUGGUUCCCAAGGAGACACAGAGGGUUCUGGCGCCUCUGGUACGAAAGGUUCUUACCCCAGCACUGUCCCUGUUAUUAGUGGUGCUAUCAAGCAGGCCUCUGGUAUACUUUCUCUUCUUGCCGGACUUUUAGCCCUUCUUUAA